AUCAUGGCUGUGGAGUUUGACGGCGGCGUCGUGCUGGGUUCCGACUCCCGGGUCUCUGCGGGACAGGCAGUGGUGAACCGAGUGUUUGACAAGCUGUCCCCGCUACACAAGCACAUCUACUGUGCCAUCUCCGGUUCAGCUGCUGAUGCCCAGGCUGUGGUUGACUUGGCUGCCUACCAGCUGGAGCUGCAUGGGACGGAACUGGAAGAAGCACCCCUCGUUCUGGCUGCUGCGAACGUGGUGAAGAACAUUACCUACAAAUACCGGGAGGAGUUGUUGGCACAUCUCAUUAUAGCUGGCUGGGACCAACGUGAAGGGGGCCAGGUCUACGGGACCCUGGGCGGGAUGCUGACUCGACAGCCUUUCAUCGUGUGUGGCUCUGGCAGCACCUACAUCCAUGGCUAUGUGGACGCGGCGUACAAACCAGGCAUGACCCCUGAGGAGUGCAGGCGCUUCACCACGGACGCUGUCGCUCUGGCCAUGGGCCGGGAUUGCUCCAGCGGGGGUGUCAUCUACCUGGUCACUGUCACGGCUGCUGGUGUGGACCAUCGAGUAAUCUUGGGGAAAGAGAUGCCAAAAUUCUACGACGAGUGAGCCUCCCUCCAGCUCCCCUUUCUUGUUUGUAAUAAACUCGCUGGGACAAGAA